AUGGACGGAUUGAUUCCCGCUGGAAACGCUAUAGUAUUCGUUUCGAAUGGGCCAUGCUCUCGGAUUAGCUCGAGAUUUUGUCUGGCUGUUUAUGAGACAUUGAUACAUGCUCUGGCCCAUGGGCUGAUGUCACAGUUCAUUUCAUUCUCCUACCGUUACUAUAUUCUUGUAAACACCAGAAUACCGACACGGCUACAGUUGACAACCAUCUGCCUUCUUGUUUACGUGCCUUCAUUUUUCCUUUACGUCAUCAAUAUUACUCAUCACGCUGAUCCUGAGAUGCUUCGAGAAAUGGUGCUACGUUACCAUCCAACUUACAACCUCGACAAUCAUACGUUAACAGGCCAUUAUUCAUUUGCUGAACCAUCUAGACUUGUCACCAUCCUCUAUCUAAUUAUUCCCAAUAUACCACUCUACAUACUGAUUGCUGUAUUACGACGAAAGACGUAUCAUAUUCUCGAAAAUGCUGCCGUCAGACUGAGGAAGUGCAAUCGACGUCUUCAUAUACAACUUAUGAAGGCAAGUCUCUUUUUAUGA